AUGGGGGCGGGCCCCGGGGUGGGGCGGCGCGGGGCGGGGUGGAGGCCCCCUAGGACCGAGGCUCGGAGCUGGCACCGACGACGGUGGCUGGCUCUGCAGGUCUGGGCUGACGUCGCCGCCCAGAUGGCCUCCAGGCUGACCCCGCUGACCCUCCUGCUGCUGCUGCUGGCUGGGGAUAGAGCCUCCUCAAAUCUGAUUGGUAUCAGCCCCGUGGAUCCAGAGAGCUUACAAGGAGGGGAAAGUGAAGGAGAUAUCCCCAAAGGAGAUAUUCCCAACAAUGUAUCCAUUAAAGACACCGAGGGCUCUUCCACGCUGCUGAAAACCAACUUGACCAUCGAAACAGUCAAUACCACCCAGCCCUUCAACCAGUCCACCACUCAGCCCAUCCAACCAACAACCCAGGCCACUACUAAGUCCUUCUGCCCAGCGCCUGUCACCUCCUGCUCUGACUUGGAGAGUCAUUCAGCAGAGGCCGUGCUGGGGGAGGCUUUGACAGAUUUCUCCCUGAAUCUCUACCACACUUUCUCAGUAAUGAAGAAGGAGGAGACCAACAUUGUCUUUUCCCCGUUCAGCAUCGCCAGCCUCCUCACUCAAGUCCUGCUCGGGGCUAGAGGAGAAACCAAGGAAAGCCUGGAGCGACUCCUCUCUUACCCCGAAGACUUUACCUGUGUCCACCAGGCCCUGAAGGCCUCCAGGUCCAAAGGCUUUACCACAGUCUCUCAAAUCUUCCACAGCCCAGACCUGGCUAUAAGGGACACCUUUGCGAAUGCCUCUCGGAGCCUGUAUGGCAACAGCCCCAAAGCCCUGGCAAAUGACAGUAAAGUCAACUUGGAGCUCAUCAACGCCUGGGUGGCCGAGGAGACCAACCACAAGAUCAGGCAACUGCUGGACAGCCUGCCCGAUGACUUCCGCCUGGUCCUUCUCAACGCUAUCUACCUGAGGGCCAAGUGGAAGACAACAUUUAACCACAGCAGAACAAAUAUGAAGGGCUUUUACAGCAGAUCCUCUGUGAUAAAAGUGCCCAUGAUGAACAGCAAGAAGUACCCUGUGGCCCAUUUCACAGACCCGACUUUGAAGGCCAAGGUGGGCCGUCUGCAGCUGUCCCACAACCUGAGCUUUGUGAUCCUCGUGCCCCAGACCUUGAAACACCGUCUUGAAGACAUGGAGCAGGCUCUCAGCCCCCCUGUCUUCAAGGCCAUCAUGAGGAAGCUGGAGUCAGCCAAGUUCCAUCCUACUCACCUGAUGAUGCCUCGCAUCAAAGUAAAGAGCAACCAGGACCUGCUGGAAUUCUUUGACUUUACCUACAACCUCAACCUGUGCGGGCUGACAGAGGACCCGGACCUGCAGCUUUCUGCGAUGCAGCAUCAGUCCGUGCUGGAGCUGACAGAGAGCGGGGUGGAGGCGGCUGCGGCCUCCGCUAUCUCUGUGGCCCGCAGUUUGCUGGUCUUUGAAGUGCAGCAGCCCUUCCUCUUUGUGCUCUGGGACCAGCAGCACAAGUUCCCGGUCUUCAUGGGGCGGAUAUAUGACCCCAGGACCUGAGACCUGCAGGAGGCCGACCAGGGCAAACCCGACCCCUCUGGCCUCAGCUCUUCUAGUCGCAGCCCUGCUGCUGCCUGCCUGGACUUGUCCCCAGCUGCCUCGCAUCUCAGGUCUGCCCUCCACCUGAAGGGCUCCCGUGGGGUCUGGUGAGGGGACCUGCUUCUAUCAUCCCUUCCCUGUGACUCUCCAAAGCACUUUUUGCAGCUUUCUCUGGUACAAAUACAGCAGACCCUACAAAUAAAACCUGGCAGACAUGA